UGUUGGAUUUUUCAUUGUUGCGUUCUAGAAAUCCGACUCCUUUGCUCUUUCAUGUUUGAGAUUGUAUUGUUGAAGUAACUUUAUCUCAAGUCUAGAUAAUAGAUUGAUUACAUGCUGGUUACUUUCCAGUAACUUGCAUACUUUCAGAUUCAAACGCGUCAAGGUAUAGUAGAAUCAAUCCAAUGCUCAAGUCACAUUCGCCAUGUAUGUUUGAACCUAACGUGAGAAUGGAGGAAUUAUUAAAAAGUUCUUUAAAUACAAAAACUUUAACAAGAACUGGACAAAGUGGCGGUGGAUGUAUUAAUCAAGGAGAAGCUUACAUCACGGAUUCUCGAACUGUUUUUGUCAAGAGAAACAAAAAGUCAAAAGCUCGAGUUAUGUUUGACGGAGAGUUAGAAGGCUUGAAAGCAAUAGCGGCCACAAGAACUGUCACAGUUCCUGAGCCAGUAGUUGUGUUGGACAACCCUGACGGAGGCGCCUGUAUUGUCAUGGAGUACCUCGAGAUGAAAGGCCUGAGACGGUACCACCAACGCCUCGGCGAGGAGCUAGCCAAGCUACAUCUGUACAACGAGCAACUCCGUAACAAACCUCCUCCCAAGGACGACUCUGGGUCCACGCUCGAAUACGUCAAGGAGUUUGGAUUCCACACGACCACCUGCUGUGGCUAUAUAGCGCAGGAGAACUCGUGGUGUGACGAUUGGGUCUCUUUCUAUGCAAGGAACCGUUUGGAUUACCAGAUACGACUAUUAGCGAAAGAGAAAGGUGACAGAGAAGCGAACGAGCUGUGGUCGAGACUGCAAAUUGUCCUGCCGAGGUUUUUCAAAGAUCUUGAAAUUCGUCCUUCAUUACUUCAUGGCGAUUUGUGGAAAGGAAAUGCGGCUGAAACUAAGGAACAUCCAGUUAUUUUUGAUCCGGCCACUUUCUAUGGGCAUCAUGAAUACGACCUGGCAAUUGCUGGGAUGUUUGAUGGAUUCAAUAAGAACUUCUAUGACGCUUACCACAAGCGUAUACCAAGGGCGCCUGGAUUUGAAGCCAGGCAUAAGCUUUAUACUUUAUACCAUUAUCUUAACCACUGGAAUCAUUUUGGAGGUGGUUACAAAGGGACUAGUCUAUCUGUCAUGCGCAGUCUACUCAAGAUUCCUGUCUAGAUCCUGGACUCCGGCUGCUACUUCAAUGCCUGCACAAGUCUACUGUGAUGCAUCAUACGACAUUCCUACAAGUGGUUCACGAUUGGUAGAUAUUCUAUCUUAGUCCAUCUCUGGUGAAUAUUUUCGAAUAUUUACGCUACUGUUAUAGCUUUACUUUUUUAGUUACAAUGAAAUCUCUAAUUGACGUAAUAUUUUUGAAUAUUCACGUUACUGUUAAGCCCUGCACACACACACAUCGAUUUUUGUUCAUACUAUACUUUGUCGUCUUUAUGAAUGAAUUCUAUCAGAUUAAACAGAACUUGACAAACAUAAUUUAAUCUAAUAGAUUUUAUAAGGACGGCAAAAUAUUUUACGAUAAAAAAAUCGAUGUGUAUGUAGCUAGUCUUAUAGCUUUACUAUUUUAAUUGUCAAUUACUGUUGAAUAUUUUCGAAUAUUCACGUUACUGUUAUAGCUUUAAUAUUUUUAUGUUUGAUAAUACUAUAAUGAUAAUGUAAGGCCGAAUUCGCAUAUAAGUGGCACGGAUGUGGUGCGGACUUUUUUAAUUCUCAUACAAACAUUUAGGGUAACCGUCCACUGGAGCCGUAUUCAACCGAUCUGUUCGUCCGUUGGAUCGGACGAAUCUGCCGAACGUUAAUUCGGCCGAAUAUGGUCGUCCAUUGGAACCGUUUACGUCAGUCUAGUUCAGUAGUAGGCUGGUUGCCAAUUAUUGAAUUAACUACUAUCAUAGCCACCAAAAUUUUUCAUAAACAAUGGUUAUAUUGAGAUUUUGAAAACUGAAUAAACAAAUAUCCACUAAAUUAGUUAUUCAUUAUAAUAAUCUUAACUUCAGAUCCUAUUUGUUCAGCAAUCUUUGUCCACAGAUUCCUUUGAACAUCACGACGAUGAUAUAUUUUGUCUCGCAUAUCCCACAAUGGAACAUGCUCUUAAACCAAACUUUUCAACUUUUCAUUGUCCAUAGUUAAAACUUUAUAAAACAAAACAAGUUCAAAAAACAAAAACAGACAAGUCUGUGAGACAAUUUUGAGGUUAGGAUGAUGUUGUCUCAGCUCGACUUUGUCCGGAUAGAGCCGGAAAAUCCCAUUCAAUUCGGAUCGAAAAAUUGAUCGGCCGGAGACGGCCGUUCACGGACGUAUGAAACGGUUGCAAUGUACGAGCAUCUAUAGCUUUCUUUGUUGGGGGAUCGUUCGGACUAGUUCGGUAGUUUUCGGCAGAUGCUAGUUCGGACGAAAGCGGUUCCAGUGGACGGCCCACCUUGUGGUUCAAUGCAAACAGAAAAGACGUGACGCCACUUAUGACGUCAUAGUGUUAGAGACAUGGCGUCAUAGUGUUAGAGACGUGGCGUCACUUCCUUCUUUUUGCAUUGGACCAUAAAUGUUUAUAUAAAAGUGGUGUGGAAGUGACAAAAAACCGUGCCAUACACCACUUACGUGUGAGUUCAACCUUAGAGAACCAUAGAGUUGAAGAUGGUAUUUUACAAUGCUGUCGUUGACAAUUUGCCAUAGAAGAUGUUACAAUGUGGUAUCUUGAAAAUGAUCUCCCUAUUAUAUAAGUUAUUAAAACAACCCGAAAAAAGAAAAUAAGCUUAAGGAAAUUGUUCAAUAAGUGUAGAUUAGAGUGAUCUGACCAAUCAGCUAUCGAUAUUGCAAGAAAUAUUAAACUAUUUUUUUGAUUGAUUGGAUAACCAGAUAUUGAUUAUUUUGAUUGAAUUUAUGAACUUAAAUUUUAUCGAUUUAACAAUAUUUAUUGAUUUAUUAUUUCAAUAGUACUUAAUUCACUUGAAUUGUUAUUAAAUUAAUUGAAUGUUUCUUCCCCUAUUCAAAACAUCUCUUUUUUGAUACACUUCAUCAAGUUUUUAUCUCUAUAAUACGACUGUACACUCUCUUCAGUGUUCGACACUGUAAUGACGACUAGCAGACUGUAUUUAUGUGAAAUGGUGAUUCAGUGCAAAUGCACUGCAAAAAGUUACAGUUGCAUGAUGAAUUUAACAUUUUUUAAAUUAAUUAGACUUGGGUCGGUUGCACAAACGCCUGUUAUCGUGAUUGGAUUUCAAGCGAACCAAUCUAAGAAGCUUUCUCCUUGUUUCAAAGCAACCUUUUGAUUGGUUCCAGCGGCAUUUAAUCAUGAUUAGAAUUUAACAGGCUUUUGUGCAACAAUGUCUGAGUAUGGAUGUCUGAGAUAAUGACUGUAUCAAAAUGGGUCAAAAUAUGUAUUAUAAUACUAAUAAAUACUGUGGUCGCAAAAAUCUUCUGAGAUAAAACGGUUUUACUGGCGCUACUGUUGAUAACGGUUAUGCAGAAUUCCAAGGAAUUUGAUUUUAAAAUAAAUUUGAAUUGUAUCAUAAUAGGGUUUUUCUAGUAUUGUUGGGUUGUUUGUAGCAAUGGGGUUUUUUGUUCUAAUAUUGGAUUGAAGUCUACUAGUUUUUUUCUAAUAUUGGAUAGAAGUUUACUAUUAGACGCGUCGGUAACCCAAAACAAUUGCAGUUAACCCAAAACAAGUUUACUAGUUUAUACUAGUUUUUUGUAAUAUUGAAUAGAAGUUUACUAUUGGACGUGUCGGUAACCCAAAACAAGUUUACUAUUGGACGUGUCGGUAACCCAAAACAAUUGCAGUUAACCCAAAACAAGUUUACUAGUUUUUUUCUAAUAUCGGAUAGAAGUUUACUAUUGGACGUGUCGUUAACCUAAAACAAUCGCUUAUAAUGUAAGGCAUAAAACAAUUGAGCUUUGAUUCCCAAAAUGUCCUACUGAUACUUCCACAAAUCAUUUGGAACCUUCCUAUUUUCUUCUCUACAUCCAAUUCCUCUUUAUACUGUUUUUUACACUUGAGUGUGUAACUGCCGAAACUACAAGCCAUUCGUUGCAGGCAGCCUCUGUGGAACUCUACAUCCAAUUCCUCUUUAUACUGUUUUUUACACUUGAGUGUGUAACUGCCGAAACUACAAGCCAUUCGUUGCAGGCAGCCUCUGUGGAACUCUACAUCCAAUUCCUCUUUAUACUGUUUUUUACACUUGGGUGUGUAACUGCCGAAACUACAAGCCAUUCGUUGCAGGCAGCCUCUGUGGAACAUUCCAUUCUUCCUACAGCACGAAAAGAGAAAGACUGUUCUCAAACUUUCCAUAGUGACUUUUAAAAUCAAUUAUGAAUUAGUGAUGAAGAUUAUUUUAUUAUCAUGAAUGACAGGGUAGCCUAUAUGGAGAGAAAAAAACGUACCGAUUAUGACAGUUUACUGAUUGUGGACAAUUCAAUUUUAUAAUCACAAAUGCAUCACUAACCACCAUUUCUUUAUACUGUAACUGAUUUCACAA